GAGUGGGGGACGGGAUGGCGGCAUAAAGGCCGAGAAGCCAGAAUCAACGCCAUCAAGAAUCCAAUAAUCCUCGUAUUGUCUGUUGCCACUGGCAGCUAAACCAUAACUCCAGUGAAAACACGGAGUGCAGUCCGAGGACCUCUGCUUGAUGGCAUUGAAUGGCAGCGAAAAUGCCGUCUUUCUGCUCGGCGUUACGGGAAAUCCGAAGCAUCGCCAUGUCCCCACGAUGCAUUGUGGGGAUGGAGACUCUUCCUCUUCGCCCAUCCACUUUUCCCACAGCCAGCAUUGGAUUCUGUCGACAUCAUCUCUGGAUUCAAUGUGGGGAUGUCGCCAUCUGGAGAAGCGGACCGGAUAAAAUCAUUAUCGCCUGUCUGAAUGAUGCUCUUGAUUCAAAAGCAGCAGAGUCCGCAUUCAAGAUGCCUGCCAACUCCAAACUCCCAUCCUCAUACCCAACAUGACUACUCCUAAAGGACCCUUCCGUCUCGUCACUGUCAACACGGCCCCCGAGAG